GUGGUUCACUCGUAUGACACACUUUGUAGUGCGGUAGUAUGCGGUUUUAGACGUAACCUCUGAUUUCCGCCGUGGUCCCGCCUCGGCUCGCGUGAGGAAACGGGACUAUUUGCGGAAUAUAAAAGAUGAACAAACUCUGGCUCGCGUUAUGCAACAGUCGCUCUCCGUAGACUGCGGUCGCGUGACGAGCGCGCCGACUUUAUGGCACAGUUUAGCGCAUAAAUCCUCGGUGUCCGUGCAUGCCCGUGCUCAGCGCGAGCCCCGCCGCUUGUUGUGUUGGGCUUCACUUCGUGUCCUGAGCUCCGGUGUGUGUGUGCGCGUGGCUCAGUCUCUGUCUCUUCUCCUCUUCUGCCGGUCUCCGCGAGCGUCUGCACACAGCCAUGGCCGGAGACGGUACGGAUCAGCGCGCGCUGCAGUACGAGCAAACUUUGAUGUAUGGACGCUACACACAGGACCUGGGUGUGUAUGCGAAAGAAGAGGCAGCGCGUCUAAGGGAGGAGGCGGCAUUCAGACGUCUGGUGACGGAGAGAAGCCGAUCGCUCGAGCUCCUCGAGUAUGACAAGAGCCGCUGUGCCAAGUGCAGGAUCUGUACAGUUCACUGUCAGAAGUUCCUGAUCUCGCGUGUGGGAGAGGAUUGGAUCUUCCUCAUCCUGCUCGGACUCGUCAUGGCCCUCGUCAGCUUCGUCAUGGACUUCUGCAUCGCCAUCUGCCUACAAGCCCAGAAGUGGAUGUACGGAGGUUUGGACAGUAACAUGGUUCUGCAGUACUUGGCGUGGAUCACUUACCCUGUAGUUCUCAUCAGCUUCUCCGCCGGCUUCACACACAUCGUAGCACCGCAGGCUGCCGGUUCUGGUAUCCCUGAGAUGAAGACCAUCCUGAGGGGUGUGGUGUUAAAGGAGUACCUCACCCUCAAAACCUUUGUAGCCAAGGUCAUUGGCCUGACGUGUGCCCUGGGUAGUGGGAUGCCCCUGGGCAAGGAGGGUCCAUUUGUGCACAUAGCGAGUCUGUGUGCAGCGCUGCUUUGCAAGUUCAUGUCACUCUUCGGGGGAAUUUACGAGAAUGAAUCGCGGAACAUAGAAAUGUUGGCCGCUGCGUGUGCUGUUGGUGUUGGUUGCUGCUUUGCGGCCCCCAUCGGAGGUGUGCUCUUCAGCAUUGAGGUCACCUCCACGUUCUUCGCUGUAAGGAACUACUGGCGUGGGUUCUUCGCUGCUACCUUCAGUGCCUUCAUCUUCAGAGUGCUGGCUGUGUGGAACCAAGACGAAGAGACCAUAACUGCUCUCUUCAAGACUCGUUUCCGCCUCGACUUUCCCUUCGACCUUCAGGAACUGCCAGCGUUUGCUGUUAUUGGGAUAGCGAGUGGUUUCGGCGGCGCUCUGUUCGUUUAUCUGAACAGACUCAUCGUCCAGUUCAUUAGGAAGCAGAAGGUGAUCAACAAGUUCCUCAUGAAGAAGCGUCUUCUAUAUCCUGCCCUCGUCACCCUCCUGAUCUCCACGUUGACCUUUCCUCCUGGAUUUGGACAGUUCAUGGCAGGCCAGCUGACCCAGAAGGAGUCUCUGGUGACGUUGCUGGACAACCGCACAUGGGCGAAGCAGGGCAUCGCUGAGGAGUUUGAGUACGACGGUCACGCCGCUGCCUGGAAACACCCACAGGCCAAUGUCUUCGUCACGCUCGUCAUCUUCAUCGUGAUGAAGUUUUGGAUGUCAGCUUUGGCCACCACUAUCCCGGUACCCUGUGGUGCAUUCAUGCCCGUCUUUGUGAUCGGUGCUGCUUUCGGCCGGUUGGUGGGUGAGAGCAUGGCUGCUUGGUUUCCUGAAGGGAUUCACUCAGACGGUGUUGUGUAUUCAAUUGUACCAGGAGGAUACGCUGUAGUGGGUGCGGCAGCCUUAUCCGGAGCCGUAACACACACCGUGUCCACGGCGGUGAUUGUGUUCGAGUUGACGGGACAGAUCAGUCACAUUCUCCCUAUAAUGAUCGCCGUUAUAUUAGCCAACGCCGUGGCUCAGAGCCUCCAGCCGUCGAUUUACGACUCCAUCAUACGCAUCAAAAAGCUACCGUACCUCCCAGAGCUUGGUUGGGGACACCACGAGAAGUAUAACAUUCGUGUGGAGGACAUCAUGGUGAGGGACGUGAGGUUCAUCACGCUGAACUGCACUUACAGAGACCUGCACGACGUCCUGCUCACCGAGAGACUCAAAACACUCGCGCUGGUCGAGUCCUCAGAGUCGAUGAUCUUAUUGGGCUCGAUUGAGCGUGCUCAGUUGCAGGCGCUGCUGUCCAAUCAGCUCGGGCGGCCACGGAGACUCGAGUACCUCCGCCAACGCUCUGAGAACGAGAAGAAACACUCGGACACACACAGCAACGAGGACAGUGUUCACAAGGUCAACCAGGAAGUCCGCUUCCAGAUCUCUACGGAGGAAUCCUCAUUCACUCCUCCUCGCUCCAUCUCACCUAAACCACUGAAACCUGCACUGAAGAGACAAUCAAUGGUGGAGAGAGGCUCAAAGUCACCUACAAGUCAGGACUCGGGCAUCGCCUUAAAGAGUCUCUUCUGCGCCCACCCAGACACUGAGGGGGCAGAGAUCUAUAACCUGGAGAACUCGCUGGCUCCUGAGCACAGGAAGCUCAAGCGUGUGAGGAUAUCGGUGGCGCAGGAAGACAUUGAGGACGACAUGACCAUGAGAGAGAUCGCUGAGUGGGAGGAGCAACAGCUUGACGAGCAGGUCAACUUCAACAACUGUAAGAUUGACCCCGCCCCCUUUCAGCUGGUGGAGCGCACCUCACUGCACAAGACACACACCAUUUUCUCUCUGUUGGGUUUGGACCACGCUUACGUCACCAGCAUCGGACGCCUCAUAGGGGUCGUAUCACUCCGAGAGCUGCGUAAGGCCAUCGAGGGUUCGGUGACGGUGAAGGGGGUGAAGGUGCGCCCCCCGCUGGCCAGCUUCAGGGACAGCGGCACCAGCAGCAGUGACGCUGAAGUGACUGAGCUCCACAAACUGUGGAACCGCCACACCAACAUGACGCUGCCGAGAGACCAGCAGCCCUCCGACUCGGACGAGAAAUCCCAGUGAAAAAACAAAACAAAACAAAGGGAACAGAAAAGACAAGGGAGGAUGGAGGAAAGGAGUUGAAUAAGACUUGUAAUUAUUUUUUGUCUGUUUUUUUCUCUGAAAGCUGAAGAGCUGCACACUUCUGGGUUUCUUCUGGAAAGUUCUGUAUUCGGUUCGCUGGUGGACGCUUGGAAAAGUGGAUUUAAGCUCCUUAUCUUUCACGUCCCUCCUCUUCUGCACUGAUCUCAUUUCCUGGUUUCGAAAAAGGGACGUACUAACGCUACAAAUUUGAACAAUUUCAGACAAAACUAUGUGGUUGCUUUUCUACAGCUUCUGUUCUUCUCUCGUUCUUCCUCUUAUCUUUGAUCUUCCAGUCUUUUUUUUUUUUUUUUUUUUUUUUUACAUAGUCUUCCUUACGUAUGCAUCCUGAUGCUAGUUAGAGAAACAAAGUGAUAUUUAGCGAUAUUUACGCUGUUUUUAAUGAGCGCUUUUAAAUUUCACGCCCACAUAUGCACCUUUUUUCUUUGUUUUCUUCGUUAACUAAAAGAUCAACAGUCUGUUUGUUGUAUAAAUUAUUCUUAAAUGCUGAUUAACAUCCGUAAUUAUCGGUUGUUCGUCUUAUACACUAACCACUCGCUUGAUUUUUAAUUCCGUUCUCAUUAACCGUGAUGCACUUUGCUGUAAAAAAAAAAAAAAAAUGCUCUUUUGAGAGUUGGUUUUGGUGAUUGUUCCAAAAUUCACCAACACUACAAUCAACAAAGUUCAAAUAAGGACUGUUAACUCUAAGGAUAUUCAAUUCCACACUGAUUUAUUUUGUCUGUUUCUAUUUAUUUAUAAAAUUACUUUCUUUUGGAAUCGUUUGAAAAUGCUAAAAAUGUUAGAUGUCCAAGGUGAACUUCUCCAUAAUUUUUUUUUCCUUUUUUUUUUUUUAUCUAAUGAAUUUAACAUUCCAGUCUAUUGUACAUGUCCUGGUUGAACACUGAUGGAGCUAAUAGAACCUUUUGUUGGGUCUGAAGGUUCCAAUUUCCAGAUAUGUUCCUCAAGGAACCUGUCUGUAUCUCAUCGUCUCAUCAGAGCAGAACCUGGUCUUUCAUAUUUUGGGUCAGAUGCUCUUACUUCCUGCUGAAUAUUCCUCUUAUGUAAGAUUUGCAGCAUCUCAUAGGACCUUCUUUUGGGUCUGAAGAAUCUACCUUUGAUUUGUUCAUCAAGGAACUUGUCCAUGUCUCAUCAUCUCAACAGAACAGACCCACAGAACCUGGACUUUCAUAUAUUGGCUCAGAUUCUCUUACUUCCUGCUGAAUAUUCCUUGUUUAUGUUUUCCAGCAUCUCACCUACUUUGAGCUUGUAAUAUCUGAAACAACCAACAUGUUCUUCCACACUUUUGACUUGCUUGCCAGAGCAGAACCUGGACAUUCCAUUCCAGUCAGACACUCCAACAUCAUGCUGAAUAGUUGCCUUAAUAAAUGUUUGUGGUAUCUUUAGGACUUAAGGUUCCAGUAUCCCAAGGAACCUGUACAAGCAGAACCUAGUCAUGCAUAUCCCAUAUCCUGCGUAAUAUCCUCCUUUUGGAGCUGGUGUAAGAUCUCGAGGAUCUCAUGGGACCUUCUAUGCGUUUAGUCUGUAGAUAAAACAACCAAUAUUUUCAAAUGUCCAAUGUGUUCCUUCAGGAACCUACAGCAGAAUCUAGUCGUUCUUAUUCUAGGUCAAACACUCGUAUUGCCUGCUGAAUACUUGACUUAUGAAAUCCUUGUAUAAUCCAGAACUAGUUACAUAAUACGUGGUAUGAAUGAUUAGUUGGUUCUGAUGAUCAAAGAUUCCAAGUUCUCAAUUUGUUUCUCAGAUAACCAGUCUACAUUUUGGUCUCCACAUUAAAAAAGGAACUAUGGUUCCCAGAUCCCUUUUGUUCCUUGAGGAAGUGGUUCACAUUUUUGGGUCAGACAUUCCUACUUGUGCUUGAAGCUCCAGCAUCUUAUAAGCUGGGCUGUAAGUACCUGUGGUUCUCAGAUCCAGUCUAUUUCUUCAUUUGGACUUCACCAUUAAGAGUAGAGCUGUGUGUAGGUCUGAGUAAUUUGUACUACAGUAGCUCCAUGGGGGGUUUGCAUCAAAUACUUUCACAGGUCCGGAAACAGUUUAGUGCCAGGUUUGGAUCAGGAACCGAGCCGUGCUGUACCUUCUGGUGGAAAAUCGUCAAUAAUAGGGACCCAUCAGUGAAAUUUUUUAGACCAAGUACAAGUAUGAAUACGUUUUUGGCACUCAUCAGUACCGAAAUGAGUAACUUACUUAGUAUUAAUCAGUUAGGUAUAUCAUGAAGCAUUUAUUUAGUUCUGUUUAUGUUUCCCUGAUUUACAUAGUGGCCAUGAAAAGCGCAAACGUGUGUGUCUAUGCACAUAUGCUAAUAGACUCUGCCUUUGUAACAGUAGCUAGUUGAUUUUAAAAAGAAGAACAUUAGCUAGCUACAUUAGUUAGCUUGGAUCAUAUAGGGUUGCAUUUCAGGGGUUGCAUUUCAGACCUAGGAUUAGGUCACAUAGUACCACGUGCUAUCAGAUGUUCGUAUCGGAGCAAAUGCGAGCAAAUGAACGUGAGCGAUAUCAGUAUCGUAAUCGAUGCAUCUCUAGUUGUUUAGGUAUCUAAAGCGAUUAAAUCGGCCGGGAUUCUAAUGAACAGUGUCUAACUGCACGCCUUAAUGAACGGCUGAGUUGCACAAUAAUUCAUUUUGCAUGUUGGGGUGUUUGUAAAAUCGAUGACGGCAAAUCUUCGCUAAUAAUUUUUAGUAUUUUGAAAUGUAAAUGUCUUCUAGAGCAAAAAACAGACGGAUGCUCUUCUUUCCUUGUUGUCUUAUUUGUCAUUGUGGAUGUUUUUGUCAUGUUAUGCUGAUUUUAAUUUUGAUGCUUGAUCCUGACAACUGUCCAUCAUUGUCCCUCUGACCAAUACGCUUGGGUGUGGGUGGGUGCAAUGCACGGCUUGCCUUUUUUUUUUAUAGAGUACCUUAUAGCUCUGAUUUAAGAUUUUAUGAUAUUAGGUUUACAGAUUUAAUAUAUUUGCCUCCUAACAUAUCAGUACUGGAAUGAUCGCCUAUUAAUGUAAGAUCUGAUCAAACGUGUUUUUGUUUGUUUGUUUGUUUGUUUGUUUAUGACUCCAGUCCCGACAGGGAAACAUAUUAGCGAUGUGCUAGGUAGCGUUGCCCUGAAAUCUUGAGCGAAUGUUAAGUUUUGUCUGACAAAGUGCCUAAAGCAUCUCAAAUGUGAUUUUUUUUUUUUUUUUUUUUUUUUUUUCAGUGUUGUAGAUUUAUACAAACUGAUACACGCACAUGACAUCGAUUUAUUAUUUUAUUUUUACACUCCUCAUUACUCAUACUUUAUUUUUGGGUAACCAUAGCAACUUAUUGUCAUCCUUUAUCGUCUUAACAACAGGACAUAAAAAAAAAAUCACGAUCAGACUUGUAUUUAUUUCUUGUUGUCUUUUGUGUUUCCAUCUCGCUUGUUUUAAAUAACAAGUGCGUAUUUAUUAACAAUCACCUGAAGAGAAAUCGAUUGAGCAGAGCAAUAGGAAUUCUAUUUUUUGUUGUUGUUAAUGUUAUAAUAUUAUAAUCUUAAAAUUAAUGACUCUGUGCAAUAAUAGCGGUUUGUUUUUAAUAGUGUGUGUUUGUGUGAGUGUGUGUGUGUGUGUGUAACUGUAAUUACGCCUUGACAUGGAUGAGAGAUGUCAUUAUUUUUGUAAAGAACCGAUGCUAUGGUACGCACUGAGACUCUGUUUGUCACUGAUGGAUCAGCUGAUGGAAAAAAGCACAGAGUGUUGAGGGAAUUCUGAAUCGGAAAAACCUCUGGCACUAAAAAUGCGCACACACACACACACACACACACGUGUCCUAUUCUUCAGAGAACAAAAGGAUUGUUUUAUAUCAGGGAUGAAUAAAGAGAAUUUAACAUAA